AUGCAUGUGGCUUGGGAAAAAUGUUCAAAUGCAUGGCAUGGUCAGUUCACUCGAGGAGAUAUAGGUGAACCAACUAUCAUCCUAGAAGCUGUUGCAUCUCAAGAUUUGUGGAUAUGGCAUGCCUUUUUUGGAGUAGCGGGGUCUAACAACGACCUUAAUGUUCUUGGCCAGUCUCCACUUUUCAACGAUAUUUGGACCGGCAAAGCACCUGAUAUGACGUUCACGGUGAACGGGCACGUGUACAAAUACGGUUACUACCUUGGUGAUGGGAUAUACCCGGAUUAUUCUACAUUGAUGAAGGGAUACUCGGUUCCUCGAAGUGAAAAGGCAAAGUUGUUUACAAAAAAACAGGAAUCGGCGAGAAAGGAUAUCGAGAGAGCAUUUGGAGUCCUUAACUAG